GGUAAACUUCCUUGAAGGAGGGCAGAGCCUGGGCUGAGCUGAGCCCACUCGCAGGCCCAUGAGCCAUCCGGUCUCUCCCUAGAGAUACUCUGCAUCUACAGGGCCACCUGGGAGGCCCCAACCCCUCCAAGAACCGGGAGGUGGGACUUUUAGCAGCUGGGUCAGGGACCCAAGACACCUUCUGGACCAUCUCACCUUCUCCACCGAAGCAGGGAAGCGGAAGCGUUGAGCCCUCAGGUUGACGCUGACCUCAAGCGGCUCCUCACCCGGACAGGAUGAGAGUGUCAGGUGUGCUUCGCCUCCUGGCCUUCAUCUUUGCCCUGACCACCACGUGGCUCUUCAUUCGCAACUAUAUUAACUUCAGCAUGGAAACCAUACGUCUGCCACGCUGGCUGGCUGACUCUGCCCUCAAGGAGACCCAAGUCAUAAAGACCAAGUGUGACCUCAGCAAGCCCUGCCCAGUCAACUUCUUUGCAUUUAAAAUCUGCAGCGGGGCCGCCAACGUCGUGGGCCCCUCUAUGUGCUUCGAAAACCACAUAAUCAUGAGUCCUGUGAAAAACAAUGUGGGCAGAGGCCUGAACAUCGCCCUGGUGAAUGGAACCACGGGAACGAUGAUGGGACAGAAAACCUUUGACAUGUACUCUGGAGAUGUUCAGUUCCUGGUGAAAUUCCUUAAAGAAAUUCCAGAGGGCACACUGGUGCUGGUGGCCUCCUACGAUGACCCAGGGACCAAAAUGAAUGAUGAAGUCAGGCAGCUCUUCUCCAAUUUGGGCAGUUCCUACGCAAAUCAGCUGGGCUUCCGGGACAGCUGGGUCUUCUUAGGAGCCAAAGACCUCAGGAACAAAAGCCCCUUUGAGCAGUUCUUAAAGAACAACCCAGAAACGAACAAAUACGAGGGCUGGCCGGAGCUGCUGGAGCUGGAGGGCUGUGUGCCCCUGAAGAUACUUUAGGGUGGCUGUGGCUCUUUCCCGGCCGGGGCCUGAGGAAGCCCCUGGCUGCCUUAGGAGUCAGAGCCCUGGCAGGGGCCGAGGAGGACGAGGGGGGGACACCCGCAGCACAGAGGAAAGUCUGACGUCCCUGCGCACUGUGACCGCUUCCCCUCUCUGGAGACAAAACCCUCCCGCUGGGCUGACCGGCCCUGCCUAGGAGACGGCCGGCCCCAGAGGGUCCCUCUGGAACAGCCGUCUGUGGAGAGAACAGGUGCACCUUCGUCAGGGACACUGACGGCCAGUCCUAAGGAAGCACUGGCUGCCCACACUGGAGCAAAAUUAAAUUUUAUUUUUGUUGAUUUUGAACAAAC